AUGCAAUUGCCCCGUAUUGAUUCCACGAUUCCACGCGGCAGGACGAGGGACAUGAUGGAAGAUGUGGCGCUGUAUGCGAUCGGGCUGUUCCAGGUGUGGUUCACUCCUUACGCCAAAGUAGAAGAAUCGUUCAACUUGCAAGCCUGCCAUGAUUUGCUCUACCACGGCGUGAACCUAACGCAGUAUGACCAUUUUGAAUUUCCCGGUGUCGUGCCACGAACGUUCCUUGGUGCGUUGCCCGUCGCCCUGCUGUCGUCUCCGUUCUUGCACUUUCUUCGCCCGUCCAAACCUGCCAUGCAGAUCCUGGUGCGCUCGUCCUUGUGGACGUUGUCAUUUCUUGCGUGGCGCACGUUCAAGCAAACGAUCUCAACACUCCACGGUUGCGACACCGGCGUGUGGUUCACCCUCGUGUCAAUGGUGCAAUUUCACGUUGUGUAUUACAUGAGUCGCACGUUGCCCAACACUUUUGCAUUGAUGCUGGUCUUUGUGGCGUACAGCUUUUGGAUGAAGAACCAGCCCAAGGCUUUUAUCGCGCUCAUGAGUAUUUCCACGAUUGUGUUCCGAGGUGAUACGGCUGUAUUGUUUGCUCCAAUUCUGCUCUCGAUGCUCGUCACUCGUCAGAUUUCGUUCGUCAUGACUAUUGCCACUGGUGUGCUGUCGACAGUCGUGGCACUUGCAACCACGAUCUUUGUCGAUUCAUUCUUUUGGCAACGGUGGCUGUGGCCAGAGGGAGAAGUCCUCUGGUUUAACACUGUGCUGAACAAAAGCCACGAGUGGGGCACCCACCCGUUCCAUUGGUACUUUGCGUCAGCGCUUCCUCGCAUCAUGCUCACGACCGUGCUGCUCUUGCCCCUCGGGGCCACAUCUCUGGGCUCAGUUGUCAGUGGCUCGAAGUCCAUUCCUGAGAUGAUCCAGACCUUGCGCGCCGCAGCUUUUGUGGAUUCCGCCACCUGCAAGUAUUUUGUUCCGGUCGUCCUGUACGUUUUCCUGUUCUCGUUUUUGCCGCAUAAGGAGCUUCGGUUUGUGCUGAACGCGGUCCCGAUGCUCAACUAUGUGGCCGCUGUUGGUGCAACGAAGGUCUGGCGUAAUCGCACCAAGAAUCGGUGGCCAGUGGUCGUCGCGCUCGGUAGUAUUGUCUUAACUCUGGCUGGAUCCGUUGUGUUCACUCUCGCGUCGCAUGCAAACUAUCCUGGCGGCGUGGCCUUUCAACGGCUUCACGAGCUUACUUCUACGGUCCAGCACAUUCCAAAGACGGUGCACAUCGACGUUGCAGCAGCCAUGACUGGCGUGUCUCGAUUCGGCGAGCAAUCGUCGACAUGGACGUACGUCAAGACCGAAGGGUUCAAUACGACGGCGCAUUUUGCGCCGUUCGACUACCUCUUGACGGCCGACCCGUCGCAUCCGUCCAAGAAGGUGCGAGGAUGUCGAGCGGACGUUUUCGUUUUACGGAGAUGCGUAGGAGUUUGUCGUGGUCGGUGUCGUCGACGCCUUCGACCGCGUUGACUUUCGUCGGUUGGCGAUUGUGACAAAGGCGCAUGUGUACAUCCUGCAACGCAUGGAAUUGUAAACCACGCCGUCGACCUGUCGUCGGUGGAAAUAGUCCACUUUAUCGUCGAUUAUCAAAAGGAUGUUUCUGCGUUUGAGGUGUUGCUAUCCCUACAAUGAAUGGCAACGAUAUACAUGCCGCGCUCGUCCAGACACACGUGCGAGCGAUCUGACAGCGUUCUUACCAACUGUCG